AUGGCGGCCACCCCUGGCGAGCUGGGACUCGACCCAGCUGACUAUGAGGAUGAGGUCUAUCAAGCCCGGAAAGUAUGUUCUGGUAUCAGCUACCAAUGCUGGCUGUCGCGCCGGGGCCUCAGCCGGCCGGAUCCUGACGACCCAUAUUGGGAUGACGAGCACUGGAACCAGUACAUUGCGUUCUGCGAGCGAUAUUACGACCCUCCCAGGCCGACCCCCGAGGAAAUCAGGCACUUUCCAAAUGCAGAGAUGGACCUGGACGACCUCGACACCGACGAUGAAAUGGAAUUCGAGGACGUCUCGGCCUAUCCUUAUAUCGACCGAGACGAACAAGCCAUUGUUCAUGCAGCGGAUGAAGAGCAUCUCUCGUCCCUUCUGACACAGACCUGUGAAGCAUAUCUCAAGCAUGACAUAGAGUAUAUCAAGCCUCUUGGAAAAGGCGGGAUGGGCUUGGCUGCCCUCUUCAGGCAUACUCCUCGGCACCAUGGGAACCGGCCGCCCAAGUACUUUGUCGUCAAACUUUCCGUUCAAGGAGGAGAAAAGUAUCUCGAAAAUGAAGACUACUUCUACUGUCUCCUGAGUCGAUCAAAGCAUAUUAUUCAAUUGGUAGAGGCACACAACUUGACGGACGACCCAAGCAAGAAAAACAUGCUGGACUUUGACUUCACCCAAGACGAACAGAAGGCCCUCAUACUCGAGUACCUGAAGUAUGGCGAUCUAGAAAGGUGGCUUGAUAAGUUCAGGUCCACGCGUGACUGGAAGCGGAAACCAGCAACCAGAGUUCCCGAUCCAGUGCUGUGGCAAAUCUUCGCGUGCCUGAUGCAGGCCUGCGUUGCCUUGCAAUUUCCUCCUUGUCAUCAGCCUGUGAAGAAUACUUAUCAUUUCGUCGGGAGCCCCAUUGACGAAAAAUUCCCGCAGAUGGAAGGCGUCAUGGAACAGCCCGAAGGAAAGGAUUAUCUGUACAAUAACAACGUUGUGCACUUCGACAUUGAUCCAGGAAACAUCUUUGUGGCAGACCUCGCAGAUGACCAUUCCUUCGGCCCUCUCCUCAAGCUUGCCGACUUCGGCUUGGCGGCCGACUGCAAUAUGGACUGGUUCGACCAAGAUUUGACUCCCUGGCAGGCUCGAGUCUGUGGUAAAGCUGCAACAAAUGCACCCGAGAUGUGGUCCGCAGAGUGGCGGGCUCUCGAAGAUGGCUGGAACCCGGUGGAUGACACGGGGCUGCGCGUGGCUGGACAGUACGGCCAGAAGACCAACAUCUGGCAGGUCGGCCUCACCAUGUGGAGUUGCAUCACGCUGCUCAUGGCCAAGGACAAACAUGAUUUUCGGCCUGUCAAGAUCGACGGCAAGCGGAAAUGGUCGCUGGGAUGGGACAUGGACCUUCCCAAGUACUUUAGUCUGGACGCGGACCUCAAGAAGCUCGUGAAGGAGUGCUUGAUGUACUUUCCCCAGGACCGCCCGAGUUUGAAAGACCUGCAGGCCAGAGUGAGCAAGGGGCUGCAGAGAGUCCAAAACAAUGGUCGUUCUGCCCCCCUCGCGGAGGAAUGGGUGAAGGAGGUCUUUCAAGAGCCGCCUCCGCCAACAACUCGAUUCCCGUGGGAUGAAACUCAGAAGUUUAAUAUUCAGAACGAACUCAGGGGCCUCACCCAUCCGAGACGACUAAUUUGA